AUUUAUGGACCCCACAAAGAAUAUUUUAGAGUUUAGUGUUGUUUAGUGGUUUAAAAGCAGUUUUUGGAGGUGCACGCGAAACUAGGCAUAACACAGGUGCGCUCGCUUUGUUGUUCGGGGUGUCUGCGUGGAUGGAGUUGACGCAUCAUCUCCGCGCGCACCGCUUUUCCGCACGGUUCUGUGUUAUAAAUCCCGCGCGACCAUAAUGUUGUUGUUGAUAUGUGAGACGUUAGCGAGCAUGUUAGCCAAAUUUCAACAAAUCAUGGUGAAGUGAGGGUUUGCUUUGACAGCGACAGAGUUUUCCCUCAAGAGACGAUAUUUUCGCUUGGUCCUUGACGCUGAAAGGUGAUUUUUGUUUCUUGUGAGAGAGAGUGGUGGCUGGUAAGUUAGUGGAUGUUGCUAGCUAACCUAACGUUAACUUGGUUAGCUAACAUUAGCUGCGAGAAAUUAGCUAACUUAACCAGCAAGUCGAGAAAAGGGUUUAGCUAAAGUUUAGACUUGGGGUUUUACAAAUGUCCGACUCCUCUGAAAUGACCCUGCCGCCUGAAUGGGACGACGACGAGCGGAUGAAUUUUAUGUUCUCCGACUUCAAGGAGAACCGAGAUGUCAACACGACGGACUGGGACAGUAAGAUGGACUUCUGGACGGCUCUGGUCAUAAAAAGCUGCAGGGACCGCGGCACCGUGUGUGUCAGUCUGCGGGAGCUGAACAGGAGCUUUAGGAGGAAAGAAAAAUCACCGCUGGGAUUGGCGACUGUCGUCCAGACCAUGGCCAGAUGUGGGAAGAUUCAGAGGGAGUCCGAGUUUGCUGCCAACGUGGACUGUGGCUGGCUGUCCUGGGGUGUUGGCCUGCUGCUGGUGAAGCCUCUCAAGUGGACCUUCUCCACUCUGCUGGGGAGCAGCGGGGUGCCUUUGGAGGAGUCCUUUGUUGUCAUUGAACUAGUGAAGGAGAAAGCAGCAGAAUUACUCAGGGUGUACCGGAGCAGUGAAUUUGCAAGCCGCUCCAUCCUGUCAUUUCAAGAGCUCUGUACUCUUUCUUCUGAUGUCUGUGCUGAUGAGAGCACCCUGUGCAUGGCUCUCCUGCAGCUGCAGAGGGACAAGCAAGUGAUUGUGUCAUUGCACGAGGGCGAGAAGAUUGUUAAGUUUUGUCAGCCUGGGCAGGAUCGUGUUUCCCUUGUCAGUGAUGUGGAUAUAGGCAUCUACCAGCUGCAGCGCAGUGAGAAGCUGUUGGGAGAGCGAGUGGAGAAACUGGGCUUUGAGGCGGUCAAGUGCAGAGAGGAAGCAAAGCUGCUGCUCCGGGAAGGGAAGAAAUCACAGGCACUCAGGUGUUUAAGAGGCCGCAAAAGGGUAGAAAAGAGAGCAGACAAUUUAUUCGCCAAACUGGAGUCCAUCAGAGGAAUCCUGGACAGAAUAACCCAAUCACAGUCUGAUAAGAUGGUUAUGCAAGCAUAUCAGGCUGGCGUGGCAGCCCUGAGACUCUCGCUAAAGGAUGUGACUGUGGAACGUGCUGAGAACCUCGUGGAUCAAAUCCAGGAGUUAUGUGACACUCAAGAUGAGGUGAACCAAACCAUAUCCAGCGGCGUGACCGGCGCAGAUGAAGACAUGGAUGAGUUAGAGGAAGAACUGAAAUCUUUGUUGGACGAGACGAAGCCGGAUUCAGUGUCAGGUUUACCUGAAGUUCCAACGAACGGUCUGCGGCCCUCUGGGGAGCCGAGCCUCCCAGGUGACGACCUGCUCAGCUCUCUGCCUGCUGUACCUUACACCCACUUGGAUAUAACCUCUGAGCAGCUGGAGGAGGAAUUGAAUCAGUUAACCCUUACAGAUUCAGGCUUUCAACAGAAGAAAAUGACAUCGCCAGCCAAGGGAUUAGAGCCUGCUCUGUGAUGACACAAGCAAGACAUGGCAAGUUUAAGCAACAUAUAUCAAGCUGUAUCUCUUGACAUUUUUCUGUGAGCCAGAGUUCAUAGAAGUUAAUAAAGCACUAAGGAACUAAAUUAGCAGUUGCUAAAUCUUAAAAAAUCAAAAACAAGGCACUUUCCUUCAUUUAAUGAAAAUAAAAAGACUUUUACUGUGGAGGUAUACCAAAAAAUAAUUAAAAAAAAUAUUGUUUCUUUUUUGUAAGUUAACACCCUUUUCAACUUGAAAACUUUUAGAUCAGUUCUGCCGUCCGGAUCUGAAGGAUCUCAAGUCAAAUAUGAACAUUUGAACAGUUUAAAAUAUGCUCUUUGGUAUGCCACCAUUAGGAAUGCUUUUAAUUUUGUGGUAUUUUUGACAGUGAGAGGAGAACAAUAUUCGUGGUUUAUCGCAUGUUUGAUGUUUGUAAAUGUCCUUCAUUGGCAGUCCUGUGAAGUGUAUUAAGUGGCCUUUUGAAAAAAAGUACAGAGAAUAUUAUGCCAAAUGAUUUAUUAUAACUGAGUAUAUUUAGUCUCAUUACAACAUACCUGUGAGAACUUUGAAACCUACCUUUAAAUGAGUUUAGCCGAAUAUGUUUCUCAAAAUAAAAUUUAUUUUAACGACU